CUCCUCAUCUCUAUAUCUUCCUCCUCCUCAUCCUCCACGGAACACCCACGCGCUUCUCCAUUCCCCUCCAGUCUCGCGUCGCGCGAUGACGCUGACCUUUGCACGCGUCGCGAGAUUAUUCAUUAUAAAUGGACAUCUGAGAUUUGAUGGAGCAUCUAUCGGCUGAGAUUCUCCUCCUCCGCUCAGUCUCUCGCUUCAUCUCGCUCUCCUCCAUCGGUUUCCACCGCGAUGGGAAAUUAAAUAAAGUUUGCCGAGAGCAUCUGGAGCCGCGAAGGAUGUAAACCUGAGGGAAACGCGGAUCGGGUUUCACGCAAACGCGCAGCCAUGCAGGAGAUCCUUGCGCUGACUUGAGGAAACCUCCGACGCGUUCAUUUAGUAAACGAUUCACGCCGAGACGUUAGCGGACUGGAAUCGAAGUGAGUUCGGAGGCGAUCCGAAUCAUGGAUGUGUUCAGCUUCGUCAGGAUGCCCAAACUAGCCGGUCAGAGGAUCAAGUCCUCCUGCUGUCCGCCGCAGGCUGUUGGGAGUUGGCCGUCCGCACAGGGACCCUCCAAUGGCUGGGAGAUGUCGUCCUCUAGAGAGACCCGCGACUGCUACAUCAAUCACCUCUCACAGUCAAGUUCUUUGGAGGAAGUGCGUGUUGAUGUGGAUAAGUUUGUCCCUCCUGCACCGCGAAAGGUGGAAAUGAGACGCGACCCGGUGCUCGGCUUCGGCUUCGUGGCGGGCAGCGAGAAACCAGUGGUGGUUCGAUCAGUUACUCCAGGAGGGCCUUCAGAAGGGAAGCUGAUCCCAGGAGAUGAGAUAGUGAUGAUAAAUGAGGAGGCCGUGAGUUCGGCUCCACGGGAACGAGUCAUUGACCUGGUCAGAAGUUGUAAGGAGUCCAUCAUCCUGACUGUGGUGCAGCCGUACCCUUCACCCAAAUCUGCCUUCAUCAGUGCAGCUAAAAAGGCCAAGUUGAAAUCCAAUCCGGUCAAAGUGCGCUUUGCUGAAGAAGUCAUUAUUAACGGACAAGUACCUGAGACUGUGAAGGAUAAUUCUCUGCUCUUCAUGCCAAACGUCUUGAAGGUGUAUCUGGAAAACGGACAAACAAAGUCCUUUAAGUUUGACUGCAACACCUCCAUUAAGGAUGUUAUUCUGACCCUGCAAGAGAAGCUGUCUAUUAAAAGCAUUGAGCACUUCUCUCUGACGCUGGAGCACAAGAUGGAAGGAUUUGCAACAAAGCUAAUGCUUCUGCACGAGCAGGAGAUGCUAAUGCAGGUGACCCAAAGGCCGGGCUCACAUAAGAUGAAGUGCUUUUUCCGCAUCAGUUUCCUUCCAAAAGAUCCGGUGGAUCUUCUCAGGAGAGACGCUGUUGCGUUCGAUUACCUCUACGUUCAGAGCUCUAAGGAUGUGGUGCAGGAGCGUUUCGGCUCUGAGCUCAAAUACGACACGGCGCUUCGCCUGGCUGCUCUUCAGAUGUACAUCCUGACGCUCAGCACCAAACAAACGCAGAAAGUCUCGCUGAAAUACAUCGAAAAGGAGUGGGGUCUGGCGCAAUUCCUGCCUCCAGCGAUUCUGUCCAGCAUGAAAGAGAAGAACAUCAAGAAAGCGCUCACUCACAUCCUGAAAACCAACCAGAACCUGGUGCCUCCUGGCAAAAAGCUGACGGCGUUGCAGGCGAAGGUCCACUACCUGAAAUAUCUGAGUGAUCUCAGGCUGUACGGAGGACAAGUGUUCAAGUCCACGCUGGUCCAAGGAGAGAAACACACAGAGGUGACUCUGCUGGUGGGGCCGCGCUACGGCAUCAGCCACGUCAUCAACACUAAAACCAACCUGGUGGCGCUGCUGGCCGACUUCAGCCACGUCAACCGCAUCGAAAUGUACACCGAGGACGAAAGAAACGUGCGAGUGGAGCUUCAUGUCCUGGAUGUUAAGCCCAUCACACUUAUAAUGGAAUCCAGCGACGCUAUGAACCUGGCGUGUUUGACUGCUGGUUAUUACAGGCUGCUGGUCGAUUCACGGAGGUCCAUCUUCAACAUGGCGAACAGCAGUAACACUGCAGGACAAGACUCAAGGGUCAAGCACAACUACCAAGCAAUCGACUGGAAUUACGGUUCCUGCAGUGCAUGUGACGAGCCCCACCCCGAAUACGCCAACUGUGGGCGAAGAGAGUUUGAUAUUUCCCCCACUGUCUCCGCAAUGCACCAGUUGCAGCAUCGCAUGCAUGGGGACGAGAAAGCUGAGCGGGCGAGCAGAGCAAGCCACAUGCAUUUUCAGCCCUACUUCAGUGUCCCAAAAGGCAAACCUCAAGAGUCGCCCAGAAGCGCCAAGGUGUCCUUUAUAUUCAGCAAUCCUCCGCUGGACUCUGUGAACCCUCAGAACUUGGGAUACCAAAGACUGAUGGAGGACAUCCCAGAAGUGCUGGAGGAGCACCGGUACAUGUACGCGCAACAGAAGGACUACAAGCCUCUGGAAGCAUCACUAGAGGUCGACGGCUUCCAGUACAGUUCCCACAUGGUCUACGGCGACGCUAAGAUCUUCGGUACAACGGAAGGCAUCGAGGAGCCUUUGCUGCAUGAUAUCUGCUACGCCGAGACUACGGAUGACGCCGAGGACGACGAUGACAUUAGUUUUGAGGAGGACAUGAUGAUGAUGAUGGGGGAGAUGAAGGACAAGGCGAACUCUCUCCUAUCGCUCUCGGAAUCUAGCGACGACAUUAUAGACCUCACUUCGCUUCCGCCGCCACCAGAGGGCGAUGACGAGGAGGACAGCGAUGACCUGUUGCAGUCUCUAAACUUGGCGAUAGCCGCUCCGCCGGCAGGGUUCAGGGAUAGUUCGGAUGAAGACGACCACCAAGAGCGAAAAGGCUUAAAAAAUGACAUCCCUGUGUCGCUGAUCGAUUCGGUUCCAACGCAAGUGGCCGGUGGGACCGAGGAAGUGUUCAAUGACGCUGUUGUCUCCACACUACAAGCUCUGGAGGCCUUGGCGGCCUCUGAGGAACAGUCUCAUCCACAAUCGGACAAUAGUUCAGGUGUAGAAAUAUCUCGGUCCUUUAGCCCCGAGUCCUCUUCUGAUUCUGGGAAUGAGACAAAUUCGUCCGAAAUGACGGAGAGCUCAGAGCUGGCCGCAGCUCAGAAACUCUCCGAAAACUCUCUGAAAAUGUUAGUAGCCACAGCCGAAGGGUACCAAACUCUAGCCGAAGAGGAGACUGAGUUUCGAUUGGUGCCGUGUGAGGUCCGGGCGUCUCUAGACGACUCCCAGUCCGCCGCGGUUGUCAAUCUCUGUUCGGACCACUUCGAGAUGGAGCCAGAAACAAUGGAAACCAAGUCGUUGACGGACUACUUCAACAAAAUGCACAGGGACAUGAUGAUGGGAAUGCCGCAGGGGAAGAUCGAGGAGCAAGAUGGUGGGAUGAAAUCAAGCGCCCAAGUGGAAGCCCGUCAGAUGAACAUCACGGAAUCAGAGGAUCUUGUUGGGAUGUACAACAAUUUCAAUGGACGAGAUUCCCAGCGUUCAGGUCCCUUUGACUUGGAGAGGAUGUCUUAUGCGUUUCAAGAAAGCAAUCAAAGAUUGCAUAUGAUUCUGAAUAAUAAAUCUGAAGAGCACAUUUACUCUGAGGUGGUUGGCGAUGGUGGUCCGUUGCAUGCAGACAGGGUAACGCAAAAAGUCAGUUUGAAGGACUCGAUAGACUUGAACACAAGUUCACCCGCCAAAGAACAAUUUAUGAUUGAACGAGCCCGGAAUGAACAUCAACAGAGCAAGGCAGCUUCAUCCGAACAAGAAAUGACACGGUUAUACGAGUACCACUUGUCCAAAAGGAUGUCGUCUUUACAGAGCGAGGGAAUCCAUUCCCUCCAGAGUUCCCAGUGUUCGUCCAUCGAUGCCGGCUGCAGUACGGGAAGCAGUAGCUGCGUGACGCCAAUGGACUCUCCUCUGUGCACGGUAGAUAGUGUCCAUCUGCAUGGAGAGUCCUCUCUGAAAGGUCUCGGAUAUCCAAAUCAGAACGUAGAUGGAACGUUUUUGCGGAAGCACCAUGGACAGGCUGGCCAAGAGUCAGGCCGAGAGGGAUGCCAAAGGUUGCCUAAGAUCAGAGAAACUACAGUGUAGCACGCUGCAGA